AAAGAUUAGUUAUCGGGAAAAAAAAUAACAAAUGACUUUCGUGCAUUCACUGACUGGAAAGACAUACAACUUAAACUCAAUGCAAGUCGUCAUUGAACGGACAAGGACCAUGCAGGACAUACUGUCCCUGACGUUAAAGGAUGAAGUGAGGAUGGUUGAAGAUACCGUGGCCCCUAGAAACUCUUCUUCACAAGGGGAUGGCAGGGACACAGAGGGGCAUCCUUAUCCGCUGGUGGUCACUCUACUGGCAACAGUCCUGAUCCUAACUAUUGUGGUAGACAUUCUGGGGAACCUGUUGGUCAUCUUGUCUGUCUUCAGGAACAGGAAGCUCAGGAAAGCAGGAAAUGCCUUUGUGGUGAGUUUGGCUCUGGCCGACCUGGUGGUGGCGAUCUACCCUUACCCUCUGGUUCUGACAGCUAUCUUUCACAACGGCUGGAUCGCCGGGUACAUCCACUGCCAGAUCAGCGGCUUCCUGAUGGGCCUGAGUGUCAUCGGCUCCAUCUUCAACAUCACCGGCAUCGCCAUCAACCGCUACUGCUACAUAUGUCACAACCUGAAGUACGACAAGCUCUUCUCCAACCAGAACACCGUGUGUUACGUCAUCCUGGUGUGGUCGCUGACUGUGUUGGCCAUCGUGCCCAACUGGUUUAUGGAGUCUCUGCAGUACGACCCGAGGGUCUACUCGUGUACCUUCGCCCAGUCGGUUAGUUCCUUGUACACCAUCACCGUGGUCGUGGUUCACUUCAUCCUCCCCAUCAGUAUCGUCACAUACUGCUACCUGAGGAUCUGGAUCCUGGUCUUACAGGUGAGGAGACGGGUGAAACCGGACACGAGGCCCAAGAUCAAACCACACGACUUCCGUAUCUUCCUGACUAUGUUUGUGGUGUUUGUGUUGUUCGCUGUCUGCUGGGCUCCGCUGAACUUCAUUGGGCUGGCGGUGGCUAUCAACCCCAGACUGGGAGUGAAUAUCCCUGAGUGGCUCUUCACAGCCAGCUACUUCAUGGCCUAUUUCAACAGCUGCCUCAACGCAGUCAUCUACGGAGUGCUCAACCAUAACUUCAGAAAGGAGUACAAAAGGAUAGUUCUAAUCAUUUUCAAGUUCCACUGCAGAGGGUUCGCUAGGGCUUCGGAACUGCACUGCUGAGGGUUCUGUAGGGUUCUGGAACAGCACUGCUGAGGGUUCCGUAGGGUUCUGGAACAGCACUGCUGAGGGUUCUGGAAGGUUCCGUAGGAUUCUGGAACAGCGCGGUUGAGAGUUCCAUUGGGUUCUCUGACAGGUAAGACUGAGACUAAAACACUGUGCCAGGAUGGGGGAUGAGUCAAAUGAUGAUGUCUUGGUCAAAGUCAGAGCUGUUGGCAAUGUCACAAUCAUCUGUCAGCAAGCUUUGAGUUACAAAUUCUGAAACUUUGGGUUUGAUCUCACACCUUUUCCAUGGGUUGUCUAUCUUGCAUUUUCCCUGGAAGCGUUUUAGUAUGCAUCUGAGUGUAAUGAAAAGUUGAAUGCCAAUCUGUUGAAGUACAUUGUUUGGUCAUGAUGUAAAUCAAC